AUGGGCCCCGCGCCCUGGAUGCCGCCCACCAAUCCGCGGUCCCAAGCCGGGGGAGCCAACAACAGUGGUUGCCCGGAAAUGGUGUUCCAAAUGAUGUUCUUCCGGUGGCACACGCACGAAAUUCGAGUUCUGUAUUUGUGGAUCCUUCAGCCUCCCAUCGACUUCUUCAACCAACUGAACCUCAUCUACGGCAGCCUGGUUGGCAUUUGCACGGCGAGCACCUGUGCCACAAUGUCUGCUGGCAAGCGCCACGAAUACCGGUGGGCCGAUGAUGUGUCCACGGCCAAGCCGGUCCGCCUUUCGGCCCCGGAGUACAUGGAUCGCUUGCUGAGCUGGGUCCAGAGCCUGCUGGCCAGCGACACCAUUUUCCCCAUCGGCCUCGAGACCGAGUACCCCCCCGACUUCUUCGAUAUCGUCUGCCGGAUCUUCCGCCGCUUGCUGCGGAUUUAUGCCCACGUCUACCGCGACCACCUGGAGCUGCUGACCGGUCUCAACGAGCGCUGUCACUUGGACGCCUGCCUCGGACACUUCCUCCUCUUCGCCAUCGAGUUCCGGCUGAUCGACACCCGCGAGUUGUCACCCCUCGUCAAGGUCAUUCGCUCGAUGGCCGCCAACUCCACCAGCUAG